AUGAGCAGCUACGGUAGCUACGUCGCCUACGGUGGUCGUAGUGGGGGCUCGCCUUACACCAGCUCCGUCGUCGAUCCUUAUGCUCGGAACCUGUCUAAUCACUUCGAGUACAUUGAUGCCGAUCAUGGCAUGCUUCAAGAGCCGCAUCGUCAUUCCGUGUCCAGACUACAUGAGAAUGUCCCGAUAGAAGACCCCGAUGCCCCCGAUGUCAUCCUCGUGCGAUAUAUGGCGUCUCUGUUUCCCGUCGAGUUUCCUCCAUAUUCCAUCAGCGAAGAGACGGCCUAUGUCGGUCAGCUGAGAGAAGCCGUCGCCCGAUACCUCCAGACGGAUCCCCGAAGAGUCAGACUGGUGUACAAGAAACGCGACCUCAAACACGAUGGGUGGCCCUUGCGAAAAUAUAACAUGAAGCAGAACAGCGAGGUGGCAGCCAUCAAGACCGAGGCUAUACUGGACUACAAUGAUAGAGAUAGUCAUUCCUCGGGUGGUGAGGAUGUCCCCGAGCAAAAUCCUCGACGCCGGCCGCGCGCAGCGUCUUCAGUCCGACACCGCAGCGACGAAAAUCUCCCACAGCAGAGACCUUCGGCACCCUCCAACUUCCUCCAUCCCAAUGGCCAUCUUUCUUCUGGCACAGCAUCCGAACGACAGUCUCGCACCACUCUGAGACCAGAGCCCGAAGACCGUCCCCUGCGCCGCGAGCCGUCUCGCACCAGAGGAACGUCCCCCCACCCCUCGCCGACUUCGACCCCAGUUCCGCAGUCCCUACCAGCAGCAGAUCCGAACACCCCAUUGGGAAAGUUACAAACUCUAUCAGAUGUCUAUCACGAGAAAUGGCUUCCCCUGUGCCGCAAGUUCAUCUCCAACCCUCCUUCCUCAGCUCAAGAACGUGAGAAAGAACACCGAAAGUUGAGCGAGAGUGUGAUGACCCACAUCAUUCUCAAGGCGGAUGCGAUCGACGUGGAUUCCACCGAUGCACGAGGUUUCCGGAAAGGCCUUUUGAACGAGGUCCAGGAGACAAUGAAGAAAAUAGACGCCGUGGCUAAAGGAUAA